AUGGAAAUAACUAAAAACAGUACAAAGACUGACAACAUUAUUGCUUAUUGGGCUGUUGUUAAAGCAUAUGCCUUCCCUCACAGUUUAUUUGUUUUUGCCUCAUUUUUUGGUGUUUUCGCGAUAACUGUUGACAGAUUCUUGGUCAUUCAUCUUCACAAUCUCAGAUACCAGAAACUUGUGACUCACAAACGGGUUGUUGCUGUAGUGAUCUCAUUCUGGGUGUUCAGUGUAAUUGCUUGCUUCUGGUAUGAAUCGAUAAGUGUUUUGUCCGUGAUGUCAGUUGUUUGUAUCGUAACUACAGGAUUGCAUGCUUUAUUGCAAGAUAUACGCAGCCGAAAGACACCACACAAACCAGAUUCGCGCUCUACAAGUACCUGA